UCGGUGACGCUAAUGACAGCACGCUCUUCGGGCGUUUGACAGUGCCAAAGUGCCAAAAAGUCUUUCCAGCUAUUCGCAUUUUGUCGAACACCUCGCCGUCCUCUAGUUAUUCCAUUUUUCAACGAAUAAAGGACGUGUGUAAGCAAAAUGAAACCGUUGAUGCUGCAAGGACAUCAGCGUGCAAUCACGCAAAUCAAAUACAACCGCGAAGGUGAUUUGAUCUUUUCAUCGGCGAAGGAUAGCAAACCGUGCGUAUGGUACUCGCUGAACGGUGAACGUCUCGGUACGUUCAAUGGACACAUCGGUGCUGUCUGGUGUGUCGACGUGGAUUGGACGACGACCCGGCUGAUUACCGGCGCUGGUGACAUGAACACAUUGUUGUGGGACGUUGAAACCGGUACAGCCCUGGGCAAAAUUCCUUGCAAUUCGUCCGUGCGUACUUGCAAUUUUAGCUUCUCGGGCAAUCAGGCCUCCUACUCCACGGAUCGUGCGAUGAACCAUCCGUGCGAGCUGUUCGUCAUUGACGUGCGAAACAUUGAUGCCAGCAUCAGCAGUGCCGAUCCAGUAUUGAAGCUGACGAUGAACGAGCAGCAAAGCAAGAUCACCUCCAUGCUGUGGGGUGCGCUCGAUGAAACAGUCAUCACCGGGCAUGAAAAUGGCUCGCUACGUAUCUGGGAUUUGCGUGCGGUGAAGGAACUGAACUCGGUAAACGAUCACACCGCCAGCAUCACGGACAUGCAGAUGUCCAGCGAUGGUACCAUGUUCGUGUGCUCAUCGAAGGAUUGUUCGGCGAAGCUGUUCGAUUCGGAUUCGCUGAUGUGCUUGAAGACGUUCAAGACAGAGCGGCCGGUCAAUUCGGCGUGCAUCAGCCCACUGUUCGAGCACGUCGCGUUGGGUGGUGGACAGGACGCGAUGGAGGUCACCACGACGUCCACACAGGCAGGCAAGUUCGAUUCCCGCUUCUUCCAUCUGGUGUACGAGGAGGAGUUUGCCCGCGUCAAGGGACACUUCGGUCCAAUCAACAGCAUGGCAUUCCAUCCGGAUGGUAAAAGUUUCGCGACGGGCGGUGAGGACGGUUUUGUGCGUAUUCAAGUGUUUGAUUCUUCAUACUACGAGCACACGUUCGAGUAGACG